AGGAGCACCCUUUGGAUCCGAGUCUCAGAGCCCACCACUUUCGCAGGAGGAGGAGAGAGGUAGAGAGACCGAGAAAAUGUCGAAGAAGAAGGUGAGUGGCAACACCAUGACGCUCAAGGACUUCCAUGGCGGUUCAAUUCCUUCCGAUCUCUCUCUCCCUUCCGCUCCUGGUGUCAUCGUUAGGCCUUCAGAUCGUCCCGGUUAUGAGCGAUCGGCGGCGUGGGGGAACCAGAUGGGUCGGGCUGAUCACCGCUCCCGACCGCACACCUCUCCGGCGUCGAGGCAUUUAGAUGAUAAGGCUCCUUUUCUCACUCAUGCUGCGCAUAUCGGCAGGAACUUUGAUGAGGAUGAGCGCAAGCCUCUCGAUGGUGUGGUUGCCCCAACUCGUCCUGAGCCGAGACAAGAGUCUGCUUCUGUUGGAGGUUUAUGGGGCCGACAGGGAGCAGCUCCAAUGUCCCAAGUGAAUUCACACUCGGGGAGGGUUGCUGAGGCGAGUUUGGAUACCAAUAAUGGGCAGGGUGUUGGUGGUGCUUAUCCGAACGUUUGGGUGGCGAGGAAGGAGGCGGCAGGUAUUACUGAGCGGCCGCAAUCACCAUGGUCUGCGCCAAUGGCUGUUUCGAAGCUGGCUCACGCUAGUGCGCUUGAAAAGGUUUCAUCGGGCAGAUGGCAGUCGAAGCAUUCUAUGCAUCAGAGUGAUGCUGAGCUUGUGAGAGCUUCCGAAACAGAAAGCGGUUCACAGUCCAAGGACUAUGGUAAUAAUGCCUAUAACAAGAUAGAUGCAAUUGGUGUGGUAGAAAGUUAUGAUGCAACCUUGGCUGGGCAUGGGAAAAGGGUUCUGAAUGUUGAUGACUACGUUCAUGGUGGUAGGAAGGAGUUUCCUGAUUAUGAGAGGACCAGAGCUCCUGUUAAUUCAGAGGUAAAAGAAAAGAACCUAACAAACUAUAGGGACAGUGGUGAACCGGAUCGAGCUAAUGAAAAGUUUGGUGGGAUUGAAGUGCAGACCUCAACGUAUGUACAACCAUCAGAACGGCCUAAGUUGAAGUUACUUUCAAGAACAAAGCCACUAGAGAGUGUGGAACAUACCGUUGCUGAUCAUAUUCAGGGGCAUCAAAAGGUGACUGAAUCUGUUCAUACUGAAAGUUUUAACGAAGCACAUGGAAAUUUGAAUCCUCCGAAGUUUGGUAUAGCUCAUACUGAGAGUGAGAAGCAGGCCGUAGAGCGCCCAAAGUUGAAAUUGAAGCCCCGGUCUCAGCCUGCUGAGCAGUCGGAAGGAAAUGUUGAAAGAGGCAGGAAUUUAUUGUUUGGUGGUGCUCGCCCGCGAGAACUAGUUCUGAAGGAGAGAGGGGUUGAUGAUGUUGCACUUAACCAUGACUUGGUUCAACAUCCUGAAAGGGUUGAACAUCAUGUGCCAAGGACUGAGAGAAUUUCUGGGCGUCCAAAUGCAUCGCGCUACAGUGAAAGAACGGAGAAUCCUGCUCUUGAUCAAAGGUUUGGAAAGAAAUCUGAGAGGAGGGAUCAUGAGAUGAGAACCGAGAAUCCUGCUCUUGAUCAAAGGAGUGGAAAGAAAACUGAGACAAAGAAUCACCGGGUAGAUGAUGAGAGAAUUGAUACGCAGAGAAGGAACUGGCAUAGUGAGAACUGGAAGAAUAACCGAGAUACAGAGAAGCAGCAGCAGUUGGAGAGGGCGCCAUCGCCAGAGACUUGGCGCAAGCCUGUUGAGCAGCCUAAACCAACAUUUGGAAAAGCAGCUUCUGCCGUCGAGCUUGCCCAAGCAUUCUCUAGAUCAUCAAUCUCUGAACCGACUAAUCGACUUUCUGGCCAAAGAAGUCUGCCUAGCCGCGCUCAGUCUCAGAUACCCUUCUCCCGCUUGAUGGGCGGUCCAACACCAAGGCCUCAGAUAAAUGGCUACUAAAGCACAUUUCGUUUUAUUUAAUAAUUUUUCCCCUUGGAAAAGAGCACAUUGCCCUUGCCAUCGCUUCAAUUAGAUAUGCCAUAAUGCAGAAAAAAUGAAAGUAACAGGCAUUUUAAAUUUUAAUGAGACGGAAAACACACCGAAAAACAGACAACAUUCUUAAUGAGUAUCAGGAAAAAAGAAAUGGUUUGUUUGAAACCGAAAAGCCAAUAAAAGGGUCCAUAUGAU